GUUUUCAGAUCCGUUGUUCUUUUUUCCAAGAAAAAGUGCAAUCAUGCCACCAAAAAGAAACCUUGGGAAGGCUGUUCAGACUUUACAGAUUGGGCUUGGUGAAGGCAGUCCAGCACACUCAGAAGGAGAGAAUGAGCCAAUCCUUCCACCACCAUUGUCACCAAUACUUAGGGAGCACUCAUUUGUCAAUCCUACCUUCAACAAGGAUAGUGAAUCUGGAGAUGAUGUUGCUCAAUCUGGUGAUUCCCUUGUGAAAGCUGUGUCAGAUCAGAUUAGCAUCAUAAGGCACACAUUGAUGGAAUCUGAGGAGAAAGCUCGACAAAGAAGCCAAGAGGUUUCUAGACAAUUGGAUGAGUCUUUUCAAAAUCUGGCUCAAAUUUUGGCUCAAAGUGUAGCCCAAAGUGUAGCCGACAUGCGGCGAUCCAAUGAAGAAAGUAACAGAAUCUGGAGCGAGCAAAAUGCAGAAAAUUGGAGAGCUUUCCAAGCUGAAACGGAACGAAUGCAAGAGGCAUUUCGACGUGUCAAAAUUGAGCCUCAGCCACAAGUAGCAGAUCUUCAAAGGCAGAAUCAUAAUAUUCCAGCUCCAGCACUCGGGGGGCAAGUUAAUCUGCCACAGCCACCUCCCCAGAUUCAGCAGGUAGCAGGCGGACCAGUGCAGCCAGAUCCUGUUGAGGCUGCACCACGUCAAAAUCUUCCAAAUCUGCCAGGACAGUACAUCAAUCGUGAUCAGAUCAUCGACAUGGUGCAGGAGGCUUAUGGUCCAGUUUUGAGGCCUCUAGUCAGACCAGCUUACAGAAAACCAUAUCCAGAUUUCAUAGACCAAGAGAAUCCUUUUCCUAGGGGGUUCAAAGUUCCAGAAUUCACUCUAUUUUCUGGAGAUGGUGGAUAUUCUACAAUUGAACACAUAGGCCGCUUCACAAUUCAGUGUGGCGAGGCCUCCGGUGAUGAUAAUUUGAAGCUCAGACUUUUUCCCAGCUCUCUAACUAGUACAGCUCUCACCUGGUAUCUGAGUCUGCCACAGAAUUCAGUUUAUACUUGGAGGCAGAUGGAAGAUCUUUUUCACAUCCAGUUCUACCGCAGUGAGCCGGAAGUGUCCAUGGCAGAUUUAUCUCGUUUGGUGCAGCGACCUGGAGAAACAUCUGAGGCCUUUCUGGCCAGAUUUCGGAAGGCCAGACUUAAGUGCAGAGUUGCCCUGCUAGAACAGGAAUUUGUUAAGCUGGCACAAAAUGGUCUGGACAUUGAAUUGAGGAAAAAGUUUGAGGGAAUGGAGUUUCGUGAUUUCUUUGAGUUGUCUUACAAGGAUAAAAUCGACAAGGGAAUUCUACGUUUUCCAGAUAAGGCCAAAGAAACUAUGGGAGUUGAUGCAGAUCCAUUCCCUACCAUGUCUGUUGGGGUGAACGCGGCAGAUCUCAGGAGCAUCGCCAGGGACAGAACUCAGACAUAUUAUAGGCGCAGACUUGCAGUUGAUGAUCUGAGGUGGAAAAAUAAUGCAAAUCAGGGAACUGCGAUAUCUGGACGCGCAGAAAAGCUCAGAAUGGUGAAGCCACCACCCAGAUCUCCAAGCAAACGAUGGGAACGUGUGGUGCAUCCAAAAUUUCCUAAGGAUCAGGCACAGCCGCUCCCAGCAAGAAGAAAAUCAGUGUGGGUCCGUAAGGAAAAAGGGAGCACAUCUUACCAGAAUUCUCCAGAAAAGGAGGAACCACCCAGAAUUCCAACAUCACCUCGAAUUCUGGCUGUGGAAUCAAAUGAAGAAACCGGUUUGAAGGCAAAGUUUGAUGUGUCAGAUAAAGCGAAAAAUUCAUCAGAUGUAAUCUGUUUUGGUGAGUUUUCCAUGAAUUUAUCUUGUUUGGUGAUCACUCUUCCUUUGGUCUUUCAAGCAAGAGAGCAGUCAGAAUCUGUAGUCUGUCACCAGACAGAUUUGACUGAGGAGGAAGAAGUCAUUGAGAUCCCAGCUAAGGAAGAGGGUGGCAUGGAUUCAGCAGAUAAAAUCAUUUUCGAAAAACCAGAAGAGAGGAUGGCCAGGCACAUUAGGCCAUUAUACAUUCAUGCACAUCUGGAUGGUAUGCCAAUAAAUCGAGUUCUGGUUGAUAAUGGAGCAACUGCCAAUGUUUUGCCAACUUGUAUUCUGCACAAAAUUGGCAAAUCUUUGGGUGAUUUAAUGGAGACAGAAGUGACAAUCAGUGACUUUACUGGAGGAGUAAAUCGCUCAAGGGGAAUUCUGCCAGUGGAGCUUACCGUUGGAAAUAGAACUCUCAUGUGUGCAUUCUUUGUGGUUGACACCAUUGCCACCUAUAAUGCAUUGCUUGGGAGAGAUUGGAUACAUUCCAGCUGGUGCGUUCCUUCAACUCUGCAUCAAAAAUUAAUGUUCUGGAAUGGUGGCAGAACUGAAGUCGUGACAGCAGAUGACAAACCGUUUGUGGCAAGUACCAAUGCAGUGGAAGCUCGUUAUUAUGAUGAAGAUAUUGGGACUAUCCGUUUCUUUGGGAUGGACCGCUAUGGCAGACCUUCUGGAAUUACUGCCUGCACCAGAUCUACAAUGGACAGACAGACUGUGAAGGAGGAUCGAAUUAAGCACCAGAAAAAGGAGGCCGUGGAAGAAAUCAAGAGAAAAUUAGCGGCUUACCUUGCUGAAAAACGAAUCUGUGUAGACAGAUCUGAAGUAGUCUAUGAAGGUGAAGAGGAAGAUUUGAAGGAUCAAAUAACACUAGAGGAAUUAGAUCUGGCACCGGCAAAACUUGAUGAUCUGAAGGCAGAAGUACAAGAUCCCCUGGAGGAGGUAAAUCUGGGUACUGAGGCAGAUCCGAAAAUUACUUUUAUUAGCGGUUCUCUUGAGCCGUGUUUGCAUGAUAAAAUUAUCACUAUUUUGCAUGAGUACAAAGACUAUUUUGCUUGGGACUAUUCUGAAAUGCCAGGUCUGGACAGAAAUCUGGUAGAGCACAGAUUACCAAUUAGAUCAGAUUUCAAGCCUUUUAAACAGCCGCCUAGACGAAUGUCUCCAGAAGUCACCUUAAAAGUUAAAGAAGAGAUAGAGCGGCUGUUAAAGGUUGGUUUCAUCAGAACUUCCAGAUAUGUGGAAUGGUUAUCUAAUGUGGUUCAUGUGGUUAAAAAGAAUGGCAAGCUGAGAAUCUGUGUAGACUUCAGAAAUAUAAAUCUGGCAACACCAAAAGAUGAAUAUCCUAUGCCUAUUGCAGAUUUAUUGGUGGAUGGUGCAACACGCCACCGAAUUCUGUCAUUCAUGGAUGGCCACAGUGGGUAUAAUCAGAUUUUUAUAGCAGAAGAAGACAUUCCAAAGACCGCUUUCCGCUUCCCAAGAGCUAUUGGUACGUAUGAAUGGGUAGUAAUGCCAUUUGGUUUAAAAAAUGUGGGUGCAACUUAUCAAAGAGCCAUGAACGCCAUCUUCCAUGACAUGAUUGGUCGUUUUAUGGAAAUUUAUAUUGAUGAUGUGGUUGUGAAAUCAAAUGAAGAUGAAGAACAUCUGGAGCAUUUAAAGCUGGCUUUUGAAAGAAUGAGGAAGCAUGGUCUGAAGAUGAAUCCAUUAAAAUGUGCAUUUGGCGUUUCUGCUGGAAAUUUUCUAGGAUAUCUGGUGCAUGAGCGAGGUCUGGAAGUGGAUCAGAACAAGGCAAGAGCUGUUAUUGAAGCAUAGUCGCCAAGAAGUAAAAAGGAAUUACAAAGAUUCCUUGGGUAAGUAAAUUUUCUGAGACGUUUUAUCUCAAAUCUGGCAGGAAAAACCAGAGUUUUUUCGCCACUGCUGAAGCUGAAAUCAGAAGCAGAUUUCAAGUGGGAGAGACACCAUCAGACCGCCUUUGAGGAAAUAAAGCAUUAUUUAUCAA